UCCUCCCACCCAUCUCAAGCCGUUUCCAAUAAAAACGCGCUACCUCCAUGUCCCCGCACCACACCACCUCCAUCUCCAUGGACACCUCCACCCUUGCCGCCGUCGCUUCCUUCGUCGCCUUCUCCACGAAGCCCCGCCUCCUCCCGCCACUCAACCCCUCUCGCACCCUUCCACGCACCCGCGGCUCCCUUGCCGUCUGUUGCUCUCACUCCCACGCCUCUCCUCCGCCCUCGCCCCUCCCGUGCACUGCGUCCGAUGAGGAGGAGGUCGCUCCUCCGCGCCUCCGCCUCCGCCUACUCGCCGAGGAGUUCGGCGCUCUUCCGGACGCCGACCGCGCGCGCCGCCUGCUCGCGUACGCGGCCGCGCUCCCGCGGCUGCCCCAGGCGGACCGCGUCGCGGCCAACCGCGUCAUGGGGUGCGUCGCGCAGGUCUGGCUCCUGGGCAGCUGCGACCGCUCGGGACGCAUGCGGUUCGCGGCCGACUCCGACUCCGAGCUCUCGCGCGGGUACUGUUCCUGCCUCGUCUCCGCGCUCGACGGCGCGGGCCCCGAGGAGGUGCUCGACGUGGACCCCGCCGAUCUCGCGCCGCUCGGUGUGGCCGCGGGGGCGCGGUCCCGGGUCAAUACGUGGCACAACGUGCUCGUCGGCAUGCAGAAGCGGGCGCGGGCAGCCAUUGCGGCGCGCGAGGGCAGGCGUCCUGGGGAGCCGUUCCCGUCGCUCGUGAUCGGCCGGGACGGCGCCGUCCGCGCGCAAGGAAGCUACGCCGAGGCCAAGGCGAAGUUUUUAUCUCCUGACCAGUCCAAGAUUUCCGAGCUUGUGAAUGCCCUCAGAGAGAAACAAAUUGGAAUUGUGGCCCAUUUCUACAUGGAUCCUGAGGUGCAAGGCAUACUAACUGCUGCAAAGAGGCAAUGGCCCCACAUUCACAUAUCCGACUCAUUGGUAAUGGCAGAUAGUGCUGUUCAGAUGGCUGAAUCAGGAUGCAAAUAUAUCGCUGUGCUAGGUGUUGACUUCAUGUCAGAAAAUGUCCGUGCAAUACUUGAUCAAGCAGGAUUUACUCAGGUUGGUGUUUAUAGAAUGUCCAGCGAGCAAAUUGGUUGUUCCUUGGCAGAUGCUGCUUCAAGUUCUGCUUAUACACAUUUUCUUAAGACGGCAUCAAGAUCUCCUCCUUCUUUACAUGUCAUUUAUAUCAAUACCUCACUGGAAACAAAAGCUCAUACUCAUGAACUUGUUCCUACGAUAACCUGUACCUCUUCCAAUGUUGUUGCAACUAUACUACAGGCAUUUGCCGAAAUACCAGAUCUUAAUGUCUGGUAUGGUCCUGAUUCCUAUAUGGGUGCGAACAUAGCAGACCUAUUUAAGAGAAUGACUAUCAUGUCAGAUGAAGAGAUUACAGAGAUACAUCCAGAUCACAACAGGAAAACUAUAAGUUCAUUAUUACAACGUCUUCAUUACUAUCAGAAUGGUAACUGUAUUGUGCAUGAUAUGUUUGGCCAUGAAGUUGUGGAGAAAAUAAAGGAGGAAUACUGUGAUGCAUUUCUAACUGCACACUUUGAAGUCCCAGGAGAAAUGUUCUCUUUGUCAAUGGAAGCAAAGACGAGGGGAAUGGGAGUAGUUGGAUCCACUCAGAAUAUCUUAGAUUUCAUUAAAUACCAUUUGAAGCAAGCUCUGGAUCGGAAUGUUGAUGAUCAUCUUCAGUUUGUAUUGGGAACAGAAUCAGGAAUGAUCACUUCGAUUGUUGCUGCUGUCCGGCAAUUAUUUGACUCCUAUGAAUCUUCCAAAGAAGGUGCUAGCAUUGAAGUAGAAAUUGUGUUCCCUGUUUCGUCAGACGCAAUUUCUAAGACAUCUAUUGAUGAUUCCCAUCAUUUCGGCUCUUCAGUAGCGAAUGAUUUAGAACAGAUUAAUAUUGUGCCUGGUGUGUUUUCUGGUGAAGGGUGCUCUAUCCAUGGUGGCUGUGCAUCAUGCCCUUACAUGAAGAUGAAUUCUCUUGAGUCGCUACUUAAAAUCUGCCAGCAGCUUCCUGGUGAAGACAACAGUUUAUCUGUUUAUCAGGCUAGUCGAUUGAAUGCUAAGACUUCCCUUGGGAAAUUGGUUGCGGAGGUUGGGUGUGAGCCAAUUUUGCAUAUGAGGCAUUUCCAGGCGACAAAGAGAUUACCAGACAAGCUCGUUCACCAGGUUAUCCAUGGUAACGGAGGGGAACCUUUAUGAUGGCCGUUCCUCAGAAUCUUCCCUGUCAACUUUAUUCAGGUGUUUAUGGAUGAUACAUCACUAUAUUGCCCCACUUGAGUACUACUCCGUACCUGAUAUUAGCAUUGCAGGGUGCAGUAUCCGGCUUUGCACCAAGUGUUGUUAUCCCGUUACUGAUAAUUACCGGUGGAGUGACAUUCACAGAGUCUGCAAUGGGUAGGUAUAUUGGCUGACCAAUUGUUAUUCGUCUCAGCCAAAAUGUUUCUCGUGUAUGUUUGAUGUCAGAUAUAUAAAUGGGCGGCAUACGAGUAUACAAUAGCAUUGCUCAACAAUUUUUGUGCUCUGUAACGGGGAGGACCUAAAUCACCUGUGUUGCUGUGAUGUAUUUGAAGCUUUUAUCCUCGUGUUGUAAAAUGUCCUAACGAAA